CUGGGCCUACAAAAGUCGGGGGCGCUGUCAUUUAAGCCCGCCACAUCACUGAAUAUCUGUCAGAUUUAGCCGGAGUGCCGCAUAUAAGGACUGGAAGACCACCUGGAAAGCUAUGAGGCCAGGGCGUAUCCUCAAUUUGCUCAGGUCCACUGUGGAAUUGCCUCCUCGCUUCCCAUUCCAUUGACAACCAUGUCUGGGCUCGCCGCGGUCGUCUUGUUGGCACUGGCAGCGGAGGCGACUGCUACCAACUUCCUCAAUCAUGGCCAACUUCUCGCCGGCGUCGAAGACCGUAGCUGGUUCGAGAAAAACAUUCCGAUACUGGACAUUCCCGAUCGACAGAUCCAGGAUGUCUAUUACUACCGCUGGCAGACGUACAGGGAGCACCUUGUAUAUACGGGUGCACAGUACGGCUACAUGCCUAGUGAGUUCCUGCAUCCAGUGGGUUACGGAGCUCCGUACGGUGGCAUCGCGGCCGCCGCUGGCCACCAGAUCAACGAGGGGCGCUGGCUGCGCGACUUGAGAUACGGCCAAAAUGCAGUCAACUACUGGCUUGCCGGGCCGGGCCAAUUGUCCAAGCCUGCGACGGAAGAGUUGAACAAGGACACCUUUGACUGGGCACAUGAGUAUAGUUUCUGGGCUGCCAGCUCGGUAUGGAAGCAGUAUCUCGUGUCGGGAGACCGAGGUUUCGUCUUGAGCCACCUCGAUAAUCUGGUCAAGCAGUACCAUGGCUGGGACAACCACUUCAACUCCAGUCUGGGCUUGUACUGGCAAUACCCUGUCUGGGAUGCCACUGAGUUCACCGCGGCGUCAUACGAGUCGAGCGACCCCUACCAUGGCGGCGCUGGGUUCCGGCCCACGAUCAAUUCUUACCAGUACGGUGAUGCUAUUGCAAUAUCCGCCAUUGCGGCGUUGAAAGGUGACACGGCGCUGGCUGCGGAUUUCCAGAAACGCGCAAAGGCUCUCCAAGACGCCUCACAGAAACAUCUCUGGGACGAUGAACGCAAGUUCUUCAUGCACAGGGCUCGCGACAACAAUACAUCUGGCGCCCUGCUUACCAGCAGAGAGAUCAUGGGCUACGUACCUUGGAUGUUUAACAUGCCGAAUGUCGACUCCGACAUGAUUGCAUUCGAACAGCUGAAGGAUCCCCAAGGAUUCUCUGCCACAUACGGACCGACCACUGUGGAGAGGAGAAGCAAAUGGUUCAUGUACGAGGCACAGAGCUGCUGCCAUUGGAACGGCCCCUCAUGGCCCUUCGCCACAUCGCAGACUCUCACCGCAGUGGAGAAUGUGCUCAACGACUACCCAUCGCAGACUCACAUCACCUCGUCGGACUAUGUCACGCUUCUAAAGCGAUAUGCUGCCACGCAGUACAAAAAUGGCAAGCCAUACGUGGCGGAAGCCCAUGACCCGGAUGCCGACAAGUGGAUCUACGAUGGCACAGAUCACAGCGAGGACUACAACCACUCGACGUUUGUUGACAACAUCAUCGCGGGACUAAUUGGCCUGCGCCCUCAGUCGGACGACACGCUCGUGGUCAACCCUUUGUCGCCAUCAACGUGGGACCACUUUGCCUUAGAGAAUGUAGCAUACCAUGGGCACAGCAUCACUAUACUUUGGGACAGCACUGGAUCGCAUUACAAACAGGGCAAAGGGCUACGAGUUUACGUCGACGACAGACUGGCAGGUAGUCGCAGCACGCUGGGAUCAGUUAAGGUCAACGUUGGCCACGCACCGCCUCCCAGCAUCAGCUCGCCUGUCAACAUCGCCGCCAACGGCCAGAAUUACUCGCAGCUGACGACGGCGUUUGCCUCGUAUACCUCUUCUGUUGAUAGCGCGGCACGAGCAAUCGAUGGCAUUGUUUGGCGGACUGGCAUUCCAGAGAACAGCCGCUGGACAUCAUACAACAGCCCCAACUCGCAGGACUACAUGGGCAUUGAUUUGCGUCGCAAUCAAGCCAUUUGCGAUGUGCGAAUAUUCUUCUACGAUGACGGCGGCGGCGUGCGUAUUCCUUCCAGCUAUGAUCUACAGUAUCUGUCGGGUAACAACUGGACCACCGUUCCGGGCCAGAAGCGGAGCGCUCCGCCCACUACCUCCAACGUCGAAACCCGGAUCACCUUCCCGACCAUCAUGGCAUCCCAGCUUCGUGUCGUGGCGCCAAACCCCGGUGCUGGUCAGGGCUGGGGUCUGUCCGAGUUUGAAGUCUGGACUGCAGCCAUCUUCCAGGUUCGCAACGAGAACAGCGGCAAGCUCAUGGGCGUCGACCACGCGUCGACGGCCAGCGGUGCAAACAUACAGCAGUAUGAAGACAACGAUACCCGUGACCACCUGUGGCAAACGGUGCCAGCGCCCGGCGGCUGGCUGAAGUUGAAGAACCUCAACAGUGGCCUGCUGCUGGCUGUCGAUGAUGCGUCGACGGCGAAUAGCGCGCAACUCCAACAGCACAGAGACAGCGGAAGGGAUGAUCAACUUUGGAGAGUGGAAUCGCGAGGCGAUGGCUCCUUCUUCAUUCGAAACAAGAACAGUAAUAAGCUCGCAGGCGUAGAUGGCAUGUCUACAGCUAACAGCGCCAAUGUGGUCCAGUUCGAAGACAACGGCACCCGCGAUCACCUGUGGACUCUACUGCCAGCCGUGUCGGAGGGAUGCUCCGCUAAAGCCUAGGCAAAUUCCCAGAGAGUUCAAGUGGUGAAGGCUCGGGGCUUGGUCGGGCGCGACUCUUCGUAGUGCAAAUCUCAUUUACCAUUCACAACUCGCAAACUUGAGCAGUUUUACGUUUUUGCACGCUCCUUUCCCAUAUUAUAUCCUCGUUAGAUC